AUGGCACCCCACGCCGCCGCGACCUCGGCCGCCUCCCCUUUCGCCGCGGCCAGUGCUGCCGCCACCGCGGCGGCCGCGUUUGCGUCGCCGCCCACGGGUGGCACCCUGCUGCAGCCCUUCGGCUCCUGCGGCUGGCAGGGCGGCGCGUACGGGUCGUCCCCGACCACCGCUGCAACCUCCCAGGGGCCAGCGCUGCUUGGGGCCCAGCUCGGUGCCAGCAGCCCCUUUGGCAGCCAGCCCCUGCUGUUCUCGGCGUCAGCAGCCCUCCCAGACUUUGGCUCCCUCUCACUGGGCGCCGCCGGCAGCGAGCGCGGCAGCCCGGCGCACCCGCCGCCCCGCCCGAUCCUGCGAGGGCCGCCGUCGCCCUACGGCGCGACCUCUGCGGCGGCGGUCGGGCGCUCUGCGCCCGGCGGCGCGGCGGCUUACGCGGCCGGCGGCGGCCGCCUCGGCAGCCCCGCGGGCGCUGGUUUUGGCGGCGGCGGCCCCGCGGCGCUCCCUCGUCCGGGCUCGGCGCUCUCACCCGGCUUCGGCUGCGGAUCGUCGCCGCACGGCGCCGCGGCGUCGCCGGCUCUCCACCGGAGCGUCAGCGCCGAUGUCGCGGCCCUCGCCGCUGCCCAGGGUGGCUUCGUCCACAACCACCCCCCGCAGCAGCAGUUAUACUUCAAGACCCAUCAGCCCUGCGUGCCGCGCGUGCAGCUGCAGCAGCAGCAGCAGCCCGGCGGCGUCCGCGGCGGGGCGGGGUCGCCUCCGCAGCAGCCGCUGAGGGCGCGGCUGGACGCGGCGGGGGGCUGCACGGCUGUCUGCCCGGUCUUUGACAUGAAGAGCCUGGCCACCAUGUUGGGUCACGUCCAGGCCGGUACUGGCGACGUGCGCCGCGUGCUGACCGCAUGCACGUUCAAGCCCCGCCUGCCCGGCCUGACCAAGCUGGUGUCAAACCUGACCAAGGAGGGCCACUGGGCCAAGGCGCUGGAAGUCUACCAGUCGCUGGACGCGGUGGGCGUGCGGCCGGACACGACCAUCACCAACGCGGCCAUCAGCUCGUGCGACAAGGGCGGCCAGUGGGAGGCUGCGCUGGAGCUGUUCAGGCGCAUGGCGGAUGUUGGAAUGGCCAGGGACGCAAUCACCUACUCCGCCCUGAUCUCUGCGCUGUCCAAGGGCCGCCAGUGGGGGCUGGCCAUCCACGUGUUCAACCACAUGGUCCAGGAGGGUGUCGAGUGCGACGCAGUGACGUGCUGCUCGCUCAUCACGGCGCUUGACAAGGGCGGCCAGUGGCAGAUGGCCGAGCAGGUGUUCAAGCACAUGUACUGCGCCGAUGCUUCCCUGGCGCCCCUGCUCGAAGGGAUGGACGACACGCCCUGCGGCGCUGGCUCCAUCGCGGCCGCGUCCAUGCAGGGCGCGUUCAGCCUGGCGGCCCUCGAUGCGCUCAGCGGCGGCGGCGGCGGCGGCAACUGCGGCGCGCCCGCAGUCGGGUCGGCCCUGCCGCCGGCCGAGGAGCUUGCGGCCGGCCUGGUCGCGGCGCCACGCGGCCCCCCGCCUCCGGGCCUGCUGGCGCCCGCCGCCCCGGCGCUGGGCGCGGCGCCCGGGAGCCCUCCGACGCAGAGGUGCCCUGGCGGCUCCCCGCCGCUUGCGCCUGGCACGCCCAGCGAUGACGGCGCUCGCGGCCGCGACCAGAACGGCCACGGGGCUGCCGCUGCCGAGGACCCGGACAAGGUCGUCACGCCCUCGCCGCCACGGGCGGCACUUGAUGCGCAGCGCGUCAGUCCUGGAUGGCCGGCCUCCCCCGAGGCGACUGUGGCAGGAGCAGAUGGCCGCGCCGCUGCGUCCUCGGGCGCAUGUCUCCCCUCUGCAUUCGCCCUGUUUGACGCCGGCGCCGGCGCAGUGCGCGGCCCCGCCAACGGCGUCGGCGCCGCAGGCUUUGGCGCCGCUCUCACACGUGCCGGCAGCGGCUGCGGCCUGACGCGUGCCGGCAGCCUCAGCACCAAGAAGGCGUCCCCCAACCGCGUGUGCUGCAACGCGCUGCUGGCGUCGUACGCGCGCGCGACGCCGGCGCAGUGGCGGCGCGCCCUGGCGCUGCUAGCCGGCAUGUGGGCGUGUGGCGGCGAGCUCACCCCGGACAUCGUCAGCUACAACACCGCCAUCAAGGCGGCCGGCAGCGCCCAUCAGGCCGACGUCGCCUUCGAGCUGUACCAUGACAUGCUCUCCCGUGGUAUCGAGCCCACCGCGGCCACGUUUGGCGCGCUGCUGACCCUGGCGUCAGAGGUCGGCGCCUGGGGGCGUGUGGUGCAGACUUGGGCGUGGCUGCAGGCGUCGGGGCUGCCCGUGCACGUGGGCUGCGCCAACACGUAUCUGGGGGCGCUCCUCAAGCUGGGCGACUGGCCGACCGCCAUGCAGGUUUUUGCCGGCAUGAAGGCGUGCGGGGGCAGCAUCAAGCCGAACACCGCCACCUUCAACCUGCUCAUCGCGGGCUGCAGUGACUCGGGCCACGUCAGCAUGGCCCUGGACCUGUUUGACGACCUGGUGGCCUCAAACCUGGCCCCAAAUCAAGCCACCCUCUCCGCCCUCGCCGCCGCGCACGCGCGUGCCGGGGACUGGCAGCGUGUCGGGGGUGUCCUGAGGCACAUGGGCGCCCCCAGCAGUGGCGCUCCGCCCAGCGCGGCCACGUACGCUCCCUUAUUCAGGGCGCUGACGGACGCGGCCGCAAAUGCUGCCAGCGACGCAGAACGAGCGAGUGUGUGCACCAGGGCUGCUGACCUGUACUCACUCAUGCUGGAACAAGGGGUGGCCGCUGACACACCACUCUACGGCGUGAUCGUAACCGCUUUUGGCGCCUGCGGCGCCGACGCCAUGGUGCUGCGCCUCGCCCUCACUCUGGCCGAGCGCCGCUGGCCAAUGGACGAGCCGACCCUCGGCCGCGCGCUGCAGGCCGCCGCGGCGCAGGGCGCGUGGGACCUCGCGCCCCGGCUGCUGCGCGGCGCGAUGGAGGGGGGCGCGCGCCUGCCCGCCGAGGCGCUGAGGGCGCUGCUGGUGCGGUGCGCGGCGGCGCAGGCGUGGUCGGCCGCGGAGAGCAUCAUCCAGUGCUGCAGCGACAGCAACCAGCUCGACGAGGUCGCGGCCGGCUUUCCCCACGUCAGCACAGCCGGCGGCUGUCAACGCAAGGACAGCGGCCCUGACCAACAGGCCGCAGCGGCGACAGCAGAGCUGGUCAUCCUAGGGGCGUGA